GCGGGGUGGAAGUAGGGGGCUAGGAACCGGAGGCACGCGACACGCGCGACCCUCCUGGCCACACACUCCCACCUCGUGUCUGCCCUGACGGAGUAGCUCCUGCGCGACGGGGCGAGCGGGCCGCUGGGACUCUGCCCCCUCCUACACCCCAUACCCGGGCGACUGCUCCCGGCCCACAGAGGCCGGGCGGGGAGGAGCCGGGCCGGGGGCGGCCUGGCAGGAAGCAGCGCGUACUUUCCGCUGCAGGAGGAGCAGGUGGCUGAAGUGCGGGCCGGGGCCCCAGGCUUCCUGUGCGCGCCCGCCCGCUACUGUUUCUCGUCAGAGCUCCUUGGGCCACGCUGGCCACCAGGCCCGGCCCCAUGGCCCAGACCCCUGACGGCAUAUCCUGUGAACUGCGAGGGGAGAUCACCAGGUUCCUGUGGCCCAAGGAGGCGGAGCUGCUGCUGAAAACCUGGCUACCAGAGCGGGAAGGUGCUGAUCCAGGUCAUGUCCUGGCACUGCUACGAUGGAGAGCCUACCUGCUCCAUACCUGUCUUCCUCUGAGGGUGGAUUGCACAUUCAGCUACCUGGAGGUCCAGGCCAUGGCACUGCAGGAGACGCCCCCUCAGGUCACCUUUGAGCUGGAGUCCCUGCCUGAGCUGGUCCUGGAGUUUCCUGGCGUGGCUGCCCUGGAACAGCUGGCCCAGCAUGUUGCUGCUGCCAUCAAGAAGGUCUUCCCUCGCUCAACUCUUGGGAAGCUAUUCCGGAGGCCCACACCCCCCUCCAUGCUGGCUAGGCUGGAGAGAAGCAGCCCCUCAGAGGCCACCUCACCCAGCAGCCCCUGUGGUGGCUUCUUGGAGACAUACGAGGCUCUGUGUGACUACAAUGGCUUCCCUUUCCGAGAGGAGAUUCAGUGGGAUGUGGACACCAUCUACCAUCGUCAAGGCUGCCGCCAUUUCAGCCUAGGAGAUUUUAGCCAUCUGGGCAGUCGGGACCUGGCUUUGAGUGUGGCUGCCCUGUCCUACAACCUGUGGUUCCGGUGCCUCUCCUGUGUGGACAUGAAGCUGAGCCUUGAGGUCUUGGAACAGAUUCUGCACAUGAUGAGUCAGUCGUCCCACCUAGAGGAGCUGGUGCUGGAGACCUGUGGCCUGAGGGGAGACUUUGUCCGGCGACUGGCCCAGGCACUGGCAGGGCACUCGAGCUCUGGGCUGCGGGAGCUCAGCCUGGCGGGGAACCUGCUGGAUGACCGAGGUGUGGCUGCCCUCAGCAGACACCUAGAGCAUCGUCCUGGAGCCCUAAGGAGACUCAGCCUAGCGCAGACAGGGUUGACGCCGCGGGGAAUGAGGGCUCUGGGCCGGGCACUGGCUUCCAACACGGCCUUUGACUCUGCCCUGACCCACCUGGACCUUUCCGGGAACCCCGGGGCUCUGGGGGCCUCCGAGGACAAUGGGGGCCUCUAUAGUUUCCUGAGCCGUCCUAAUGUUCUGACAUUCCUGAAUCUCGCAGGCACCGACACUGCCCUGGACACUCUCUUUGCAGCGCUGUCCCGUGGCUGCUGCUGCAACCUCACCCACCUCGACGCUUCAAGGAACGUCUUCUCCCGCACGAAGUCCCGGGCUGCGCCCGCCGCGCUGCAGCUCUUCCUCAGCCGUGCGGGGACGCUUCGGCACCUGGGCCUGGCGGGCUGCAAGCUGCCGCCGGACGCUCUCAGGGCCCUUUUGGAAGGGCUCGCACUCAACACGCACAUGAGCGACCUGCACCUGGACCUCAGCGCUUGUGAGCUGCGCUCAGCGGGCGCUCAGGUGAUACAAGACUUAGUGUGCGAUGCUGGCGCAGUGAGCUCCCUGGAUCUGGCGGAUAAUGGCUUCGGCUCAGACAUGGUCACUCUGGUGCUGGCCAUCGGGAGGAGUCGGUCCCUGCGACAUGUGGCGCUUGGAAGGAACUUCAACGUCCGGUGCAAGGAGACCCUGGAUGACGUCCUGCACCGGAUUGUCCAGCUUAUGCAGGAUGACGACUGUCCCCUGCAGUCUCUGUCCGUGGCAGAGUCGCGGCUGAAACUGGGUGCCAGCGUCUUGCUCCGGGCCCUGGGCACCAAUCCAAAUCUGACGGCGCUGGAUAUCAGUGGCAACGCCAUGGGGGAUACGGGAGCCAAGAUGCUGGCCAAGGCGCUUCGAGUCAACACCAGACUCCGGUCUGUAGUCUGGGACCGGAACCACACGUCUGCUCUGGGCCUGCUGGACGUGGCGCAGGCCCUUGAGCAGAACCGCAGCCUGAAGGCCAUGCCUCUGCCACUGAACGACGUGGCCCAGGCACAGCGCAGCCGCCCGGAACUGACAGCACGUGCAGUGCAUCAGAUCCAAGCCUGUCUCUUGAGGAACAACCGCGCAGACCACGCCUCUUCUGACUGCAUCUCCCGCCCACAGCCACUAGGUCUUGUCUCGGACCCCUCUGAGCAGGAAGUGAACGAGCUGUGUCAGUCGGUGCAGGAGCAUGUGGAGCUGCUGGGCUGUGGGGCUGGGCCCCAAGGUGAAGCCGCUGUGCACCAGGCUGAGGAUGCCAUCCAAAACGCCAACUUCUCUCUCAGUAUUCUCCCCAUUCUAUAUGAGGCUGGGAGCUCCCCAAGCCAUCAAUGGCAGCUGCGGCAGAAGCUGGAGGGCCUCCUCGGACAGGUGGGCGAGGUCUGCCGCCAGGACAUUCAGGACUUCACUCAGGCCACAUUGGACACAACAAGGAGCCUCUGCCCACAGAUGCUGCAGGGACCCAGGUGGAGGGAGCAGCUAGAGGGGGUCCUGGUGGGCUCAAGGGGCCUCCCAGAGCUGCUCCCAGAGCACCUGCUGCAAGAUGCCUUCACUAGGCUCAGAGACAUGCGGCUGUCAGUCACAGGGACCUUGGCAGAGAGCAUUGUGGCUCAGGCUCUGGCGGGUUUGAGUGCUGCCCGGGAUCGGCUGGUGGAGAGUCUGGCUCAGCAGGCAACAGUGGCAAUGCCCCCUGCCAUACCAGCACUGGAUGGAGGUGAGCCCAGUCCCCUUGGGCCUGGGGAAUUGGAAGAUCUUUUCUUCCCUGAGGAGGAGAAGGAAAAGGAGGAGGAUAAAGAGGAGCAGAAGGAUGACAGCCCUCUACAGAAAUGGCCUGAGUCCAGCCAUUGUUUUCACCUGGUCCCUUCCACUCACAGUGCUGCUGAGGAACCAGAGCCGAAGCCCGAGCUGGCGGCUCCGGGAGAAGAUGCGGAGCCGCAGGCGGGGCCGUCCGCGCGUGGCUCUCCAAGCCCCGCGGCCCCCGGGCCCCCGGCCGGCCCGCUGCCUCGUAUGGACCUUCCACCCGCCGGGCAGCCCCUGCGCCACCCGACCCGGGCCCGGCCGCGGCCGCGGCGCCAGCACCACCACCGUCCACCACCGGGGGGCCCCCAGGUGCCCCCAGCCCUGCCGCAGGAAGGGAAUGGGCUCAGUGCCCGCGUGGACGAGGGCGUGGAGGAAUUCUUCUCCAAAAGGCUGAUCCAACAGGAUCGCCUCUGGGCCCCCGAGGAGGACCCAGCCACGGAGGGGGGUACCACCCCUGUCCCCCGUACACUGCGAAAGAAGCUGGGUACCCUCUUUGCCUUCAAGAAGCCUCGUUCAACUCGGGGGCCACGGCCUGAUCUAGAGACCAGCCCUGGGGCAGCUCCCCGCACUCGAAAAACCACACUUGGGGACCUGCUGCGGCCACCAGCCCGUCCUAGCCGUGGUGAGGAGCCUGGUGGGGCUGAGGGAACCACUGGCAGUCCUGACCCUGCCCGCAGGAGCCGGCCUCGCUACACUCGGGAAAGCAAGGCCUACUCAAUGAUACUGCUACCUGCUGAGGAGGAGGAAGCUACACUGGGUGCCAGAUCUGACAAGCGGCGGCCCCUGGAGCGGGGAGACACAGAGCUGGCCCCAUCAUUUGAACAGCGGGUACAGGUGAUGCUGCAGAGGAUCGGUGUGAGCAGAGGCAGCGGGAAUGCUGAAGGCAAGAGGAAGCAAAGCAAAGAUGGAGAGAUCAAGAAGGCCGGCUCAGAUGGUGACAUUAUGGACAGUUCCACGGAGACCCCUCCCAUCUCAAUCAAGUCCCGCACCCACUCCGUGUCUGCUGACCCCUCGUGCAGACCUGGUCUAGGGGGCCAGGGCCCUGAGUCCGCCACUUGGAAGACACUGGGGCAGCAGCUGAAUGCAGAGCUCAGAGGCCGUGGUUGGGGCCAACAGGAUGGUCCAGGCCCCCCCUCCCCUUGUCCCAGCCCAAGCCCCCGAAGAGCCAGUCCCUCCCCGGACAGCCUGGGCCUCCCAGAGGAUCCUUGCUUGGGUCCCAGGAACGAAGAUGGCCAGCUGAGGCCGAGGCCUCUCUCGGCAGGGCGGCGAGCAGUGUCUGUGCAUGAGGACCAGCUCCAGGCUCCUGUUGAACGGCCCCUGCGGCUGCAGCGCUCCCCUGUCCUCAAGCGCAGGCCAAAGCUUGAGGCACCCCCGUCUCCAAGCCUAGGAUCUGGCCUUGGAGCUGAGCCUCUGCCCCUACAGCCUACAGAGCCCUCUUGCCCUGAGCAAAGACCACCCUCCCCAACCACAGACCAAAGAGGCGGCGGCCCCAAACACUGACCCUCUCCUUUCCUGCCGCAUGAGAUUAUUUUAUUAAAAAACUCAAAGGAAGCAGA